ACCCCCUCUCCUCGUCCGCGCAGCACCUCGUCUUCCCAGCAGCGUCUGCUGCUGAUUCGCACACGCAGCAGAAACGCAGGUCCACAUCCCGGGUGCGCAGCCGAGCCAGCCAUGGCGGCGCCCGCGCCCGAGCCGACGCUGCUCGAGGCGGCGGAGCAGGAGGCGCCUUACCUCACACUGCGCCAGCUUGCGCUGGGCGUCACGCUGCGCCUCUCGGCGGCGCUGAGCGCCGAGCAGAGCGAAGAUGCCACGCGCACGGCGCUGGGUGCACUGGCCGUCUCGGCGCGCAAGGACUUGCUGGCCGCCAGAACAAAGGGCGGCUUCGCCGUACAUCGUCUCUCCUCGCUUCGGACUACCUUUCAGACCUCUACGCGCAACACCUCGCCAGAUGUUUCAGCCUCGGCACUGCGCACCGUCGCGACGCCCGCGGAAGUCGCCUUCCUGCGCAUUGCCGACAGUGAUGCGGCGCUCGUCGUGGGCCUGGAGAAUGGGACUGUGCUGGUCUGGGGUACGGAGGCGCUCGAGGGAGAGCCGCGCUUCACGAUCGCCCCUCCCUCACCCGCAGGUCUUCUCGACAUUGUUGCGCAGCCCGGCGAGCAAGCGUCUCUCUGCGCGUGCGCCUACGCGUCAGACGGCGCAGCAGGGCGCGUGGCUCUACUCGACGUGCGCAGCGGGGCAUGGCAGAGCGAGCUCUCUGCGCCGGCUGCGGCAGCCAGCGUCUGCUGGAGUGUGCGCGGCAAGCAGCUUGCGCUCGGCUUGGCAGACGGCUCCAUUGCGCAGAUGGACCCCACUGACGCGCUCAAGGACACCGUGGCGCGCCCGCCUGACCUGCCCGAGGGGCACGCGCUGAUCGCACUGCGCUGGCUCGAGAACCACGUCUUUCUGGCGACGUACAAUGCGCCGCCGUCGGCAGACGAGCCGGCGCCGCACGACGAGUCGACGUACGCCAUUGCGCGCGCCGGCGGGGCGUUGACAUACACGCGCUUCGGCGAGCCGGCUCCUGCGUUCGGCGAUGCGGCACGCCGGACGCAGCGCUACAUGACUGCUGUGCGUGGCUGGGCACCUACGAAGCAUCUGGUCUUCGUCGCCGCGAGCGCAAGCACGGACAUUGGCGCCCUGGCGCUCGCAGAGUCUGGCUGGCAGAACCUCGAGCUGGAGGAGACGAGUCGGCCAGUGCUGCCCUUUGCAGCGCACGACCGUGCCUCGGACACGGCGCCUGUCGCGCUUGAGCUCGACACUGGCGCCACAGAGGAGAUCGACGACCCGUUGGCUGCGGCGCGCGGCGACGACAAGAAGCUCCCGGCGGCGCCGAUUCUGCUCUGCUAUACCAACGACGGCGUGCUGAUGGCCUACCACAUCAUCAACACCGAGGAGCCAGCAUGCCCUGCGAUGCUGAGUGCGACCGAGACAUCCGCCCAGCAGGCAGCUACGCCCGCCGCCGCUCCCGCCACGCCAGCAGCGGCGGCAGCUCCUUCGGCGCUCGCCUUUGGCGCCUCCUCGUCUGCAGCGCCGGCGUUUGGCACGCCCUCGGCCUUUGCCUCGCCUGCUGCGCCUGCCUUCGGUGCGCCGAGCUUCGGCACGCCCAGCACGCCCGGCGCACCUCCCGCGUUCGGUGCCUCCAGCUUCGGCAAGCCCAGCACUCCGGGCGCAGCGCCCGCGUUCGGCGCAUCGAGCUUUGGCGCGCCCAAGACGCCUGCCACGCCCUUCGGCGCGUCGAGCUCUGGCAGCGGCAGUGGAGGCGGGUUCGGCGCCUUUGCGAGCAAGCCUGUCGGCUUCGGAGCGGCGGCCGGCAGCAGCACGGGCUUCAGCUUUGGCGCGCCCAAGGACGCAAAGAAGCCUGACUCCGUGUUCGCUUCGCCCUCGCCCGCGCCGAGCUCCACGGCGCCGACAUCCGCCUUUGGUGCGCCCAGCACGCCCGCCUUUGGUCCUCCUUCGCCGGCACCCAGCUCUACUGCGCCCUCAUCUGCGUUCGGUGCGCCGAGCGCGUUUGGCAAGUCUCCCUUCGGCACGCCCUCUGCGCCUGCCACAUCGUCGCCGUCGAGUGCAUUCGGCAGCACGACUGCCUCCACUCCGCCUGCCUUUGGCGCCACGUCCAGUGCCAGUGCCGUGUCGGCCUUCAGUGCGCCCACCGGCUUUGGCAGCAGCACCUCCAGCACGCCAGCCUUUGGCUCUACGUCUGCGCUCACUGCUGCGCCCGCCUUUGGCUCCAGUUCGGCCUUUGGCACCGGCCCUCGCUCGUCUGCCACGCCGCCGUUCAGCACAGCGGGCGCGUUCAGUGCCUUCAGCGCACCCAGCAGCACUGGCUCGCCGAGCGCGUUCAGCGCCUUUGCCACCGCCAAGCCGGCGUUCGGCGCCUCGAGCGAUGCGCCUGGUGGGUCCGUCUUCGGCAGCGGCGGCAAGCUUGCCGGCGCAGCUGCGCCGCCGGACGCCCCGCCAUCGGGCUUCCAGACUAGCGGCUUCCGCACUGGGUCCUCAGUCACGCCAGCGCCGGCUGCGUCCGCCUCGUCCGCUCAGCCGUCGCCCAGCACGCCUGCUGCGUCGGGCUCGGGCUCGUUUGGCUUCGGCAGCAUGUCUGCGAUGCUCGGCGAGGAGUCCGACUCCAAGCAGACUACGCCGGCGGCCGCGGAGCAGCCGGUGCCGGAGACGAGCACGCCGGAGAAGCAGUCUUCGACGGGCGAGAACGCUACGCCUGCGCCAAAGGCGAGCGAACCGCCGGCCGCGCCGUCGCCCAAGCCUUUUUCUUUCGCGCCGUCCAGCACGCCUUCGUCAGCCGGCCAGGCGCCGGCGAAGCCCUUCUCGUUUGCGCCGUCGGCUUCCGCCGACAGUCCAGCCACGUCAGCUGCGUCCUCAGCGCCUGCGGCCAAGCCUUUCUCGUUUGCAUCGCCCGCGGCGUCUGCUGCGAAGCCGGCCGCGCCUUCAGCCUUUGCUUCGACCUCUGCGUUUGGCGGCUCGUCUGCCUUUGGUGGCACGUCGGCCUUCGGCUCGGCGAGCAAGCCUGGCUCGGCCUUUGGCGGCACGUCCUUCAGCUUUGGCGCGCCAGCCAGUCCGGCGGAGAAGCCGGCCAGUCCGGCUGAGAAGCCCAGCGCCGCGGACGCAAGCGUCAGUGCAGACCGCUCGGCAGAGCAGGCCGACGAGACGCAAGAUCAGCUGGAGGACGAGGAGGACGAGGAGGACGAGGAGGAGAAGUACAGCGUCGAGCACGACGACGAGGAAGACGAGGACGAGCAGGAGCAGGACGAAGAAGAGACGUUCGACGAGUCUGGCGCGGAGGAAGACGCAGAAGAGGACGACGAGGCGCAGGACGAGAGUGCCGGAUCGGAGGCUCACGGCGAGCCGCAGCGCAGCACGACGCCGCCAUCGCCCGCCGCGCCCAUCAAGGUCAAGGAGGAGCCGGUCAGUCCGCCGCGCGCGCCCAGCCGCAGCCCGCCAGCCAGUCCCGCCAAGCCGCCGCCGAGCAAGCCGUUCUCAUUUGCAUCGAGCGGCGACAAGCCGUCGUUCAGCUUCGGCACGCCCGCUGCUGCGUCGCAGGCCAAGCCUGCUGAGGCGUCCGGCAGCAAGUCUUCGUUUAGCUUCGCCGGCGCUGCCCUUGCGCCUGCUGCGCCGGCAGGCAAGGCUCCGUUCAGCUUCGCCAACGCCGGCGACGCGCCCAAGGCGGCAGACAAGCCACAGCAGAGCAGCGCUGCCCCCGCCAGCAAGCCGGCAUUCAGCUUCGCCGGGCCCAGCAGCGUCCCUGCGCCGCCGCCGCCAGCAAGCACACCGAGCGCUCAGCCAUCUUUCAGCUUUGGGUCGCCCAGCAAGCCAGCUGCGCCGGCUGCGGCAGCCGCCAGCAAGCCAACGUUCUCCUUCGGCCCCGCUCCGACCACGUCAAGCUCGUCUGAUGCUUCCGAGUCACCCUCCUCCUCCUCAGCGCCAACUCGCGCGCCGUUCCUGGGCAACUUCAACUCGCGUGCGCCGCGCAGCAGCUCGCCGCUGACGAGCACGCCAGUGAACCGCGCCGACCUCUCGCCGUCGCCCGAGAAGGCCAAGGCGAAGCCUGCGCAGCAAGGCUCGCGCCCGCCGCAGCCCUUGUUCGGCCAAGCCGCGGAGGCGCCCAAGGCGGCGCCGCGCGAUGUCUCGCCCUCGCCGGCGCCGCUGCCGCCGCCGGUCACCAAUGCCUUCGCCAACGCACAGCCGCCGCGCCUCGGGGCCACCGUCUCCUCGCUCGGGCCCAACGACGUGCAGGAGACGGGCGUCGCGGGCGAGUUCCUGCGCACGUUCCUCACGAUCGAGCAGGAGCUGCGCGUGCUGCGCAGCAACGUGCAGCGCUGCGACGCCUUCCAGGCCGAGCUGCGGCAGGCCUCGGGCGGCGCCUUCGACGGCACGCCCUGGACAUUCGGCGACCUGCCCUCCAUGCUCACUCUUGCGCGCGAGCUCGGCGGCGAGGUGGCGACGUUCGACGAGCGCACCGAGACGCAGCGGCGGCGCGCGGCCGAGGUGCAGAGCCUGCUACUCAAGGCCGAGGCCAAGCGCGAGGAGGCGGCGCGCUACGUGCGCGCCCACGCCGACCCGCAGCUGGCGCGGCUGCUGCGCGUGCGCGAGCUGGGGCCGGAGCAUGCCGAGAACCAGACGAAGCUGCGCCGCGCCACGCAGGCGGUGCGCACGCGCCUCGCCGAGCUCGAGGAGCACGUCACGGCGCUGCGCCGCCGUGUCGUCGACGACCGAGCGGGACGGGCACCGCCGAUGAAGGGCCCGUCGCUAGACUCGAUGCGCCGCGCAGUGCGCAACAUCAGCUCGAUGGCUGCCGCGCGCAUUCUGGACCUCGAUGCGCUGCAGACGCAGCUCGAGCUCGCCGCUGGACCGCGAGGCGGCAGCACCAAGAGGGGUGUCAGCCGCGCACACUCGGUGCUCGACUCGAUCGGCGACCUUUCCAGCGCGCUGCCCUCGCCGCCGAUGCCGCAGCGGCGCCACGGCGGCUCGGCCAGUGCGCUGGCGGCGAGCGCCAUUGCCUCGCAGCGUGGCGCCGCCGACCUGCGCCAGGCCUUCACGGCCCAGCGCCGCGAGCCCAUCCUGAGCCGCGCGCCGGGCCUGCGCAGCAGCAGCAGCAGCACUGCGGCCGAGGCAAAGACAGCGCGCCGCUUUGCGGCCUCGGACCUCGAGAUUGCAUUCGCUCGCGGCCCGGCACACGUCUCGGCGCCCGUGCUGGCUGCACCCGCGCAGCCGGCGCCUGUCAAGGCAGUGCCUGUGCCGGCCUCUGCAGCGCCCGCACCCACUGCGGCGCCCGCUCCAUUCGCAGCGUCUGCGUCCUUCGGCACACCACCAACACGCGCCGGGCCCAGCGCCGCUCCCGUCCUCUCGGCUGCUGCUGCGAGCGCCGCGUCCGGCUCGCGCGCCGCGGCUGCUGCGCCGUUUGCCGGCUUCAGCUUCGGGCCGGCGGCGUCGCUGCCGCCCUCGCUCUUCAGUGCGCCGGCCGGCGCCGGCGCCGACGACGGCGACACGUUUGCGCCGGGCGCCCGUGCGCCCUCGCACUCGCCCUCGGCGCGCCAGGCGCCGCGCGCCUCGAAGCGCAGCAGCACGGCCGUGCACCUGCCGCAGGGCCAUGUGCCGCCCGCCGCUGCCGCGGCCGCCGCCUCGUCGUUCUUUGCGCGUCCCGACGCUGCCGCGCCCGCGCCGCAGUUUACGACGUUCAAGGGCCUCGAGGCGCCCAAACGCGUCGUGCCGCUCGUGGUGGAGGAGGACUCGUCGUCGGAGGAGGACAGGCGCGCUUUGAGCGACGGAGAGGAUGAGGAAGAUACGGAGAGGGGCGAGGAGGAGGAGGAGGAGGAGGAGGAGGAGGAGGAGGAGGAGGAGGAGGAGGAAGAAGAGGAAGAGGAGGGCCUGAGUCCCGUCGAGGAGGACGAGGAGGACGACGGCGAGUGAAGGGCCAACAAAUGGAAUGCUAGCAGACAAGCGAGAGGGCGUCGCUGUGCAUGCCUUUCAGUGUGGGCCAAAGCUGCCCUGCCAUCAUGCAGCUGUGUGAGCGUGCGGGGGAGAGAGACUAGGCAAGGGGAGCAGCC